GAACGUAAUCAACCAUACGAUGUCUAGCGUUGUCUGUCGACUAAUCUGACAAAACAGCUUGCCGAUAAAGCAAGCAUGAAGCACUUAGUCGCAGUUCUUCGGAGACAUCCAGCCGUUGCAGUAGGGUCUGUGGCUGGUGCUGCAGCCUGCACUGCGGCGGUCCUACCGUUGAUCCUCGCAGCCGGCCCUGGGCUGGCCGCAAUCGCUGUUCCAGCUGUGGUAGUCGCAGCGGUCGGGGUUGCUGUUUCCAAGCGGCGGGCUUCCGAGGCGCAUACCAUAACAGAUGCCGAGGGAGCAACUUCGGUUACGCCUGAUGGAGUCGAGCCAGCCGUGGAGGCGGUCUCAGAGCAUGAGCCUUUGGAGGCCAACACCGGCGUAGAGGCGGCGCCUACCGGCGAGUCAUCGACAGACUCUGUUGUUGUUCAGUCCAUGGCUUUCCAGGAGUUGGAUGGCUUGCUGCGCGAGCGCAUCAUCUUCAUUGAUGGCGCGAUGGGCACGCAGAUUCAGAAGUUUAAGCUAACCGAAACGGAUUUCCGUGGCGAGCGGUAUGCUCAGCACAGCCACGAGCUGAAGGGCAACAACGACGUGCUGGUCAUUACCCGUCCGGAUGUCAUCCGUAAGAUCCACACGGCCUACCUUGAGGCCGGUGCUGAUAUCAUCGAGACUAACACUUUCAACGGCACCAACAUCAGCCAGGCAGACUACGAGCUACAGGCCGACGAGGAGGUUGCUCUCAUCAACAAGAGCGCUGCCCAGCUGGCGAAGUCCUGCGUGCAGGACUUCCUUGCCGCUAACCCAAGCAGCGGCCCCCGCUUCGUGGCUGGUGCCAUUGGCCCCACCAACAAGACGCUGAGCGUGUCGCCCAGCGUGGAGAACCCGGCCUUCCGCGGCAUCACGUACGAUGAGGUGGUGGACGCGUAUUACAAGCAGGCGGAGGCGCUGCUGGACGGUGGCGUUGACAUGUUCCUGGUGGAGACCAUCUUCGACACCCUGAACGCCAAGGCAGCCGUGUUUGCGCUGGAGAAGCUGUUCAGCGACCGGCGCGUGCGGAUCCCGGUCUUCAUCAGCGGCACCAUCGUGGACAACAGCGGCCGUACGCUGAGCGGGCAGACCAACGAGGCGUUCUGGAACAGCAUCAGCCACGCCAAGCCCAUGGCGGUGGGCCUGAACUGCGCGCUGGGCGCUAAGGACAUGCUGCAGUACAUUGCCAACCUCAGCAACUGCGCCGACUGCUAUGUCUUCUGCUACCCCAACGCCGGCCUGCCCAACGCCAUGGGUGGCUACGACCAGAAGGGCGAGGAGAUGGCAGAGGACAUCAGGCCCUUCUGCGAGGCUGGCUUGGUCAACGGCAUUGGCGGUUGCUGCGGCACUGGGCCCGAGCACAUCGCUGCCAUCAAGGCCAUGGCGUCUGCCUACCCGCCGCGGCAGUGCAAGACUGUGGAGCCGCUGCUGCGCCUGAGCGGGCUGGAGCCGCUGAACUACAAGCCAGACGCGACCAACCUGCGCAGCACCUUCCUGAAGAUCGGCGAGCGCUGCAACGUAGCAGGCAGCAUUUUGUUUAAGAAGGCCAUUGUCAACAACGACUUUGAGGCGGCAGUGUCCAUCGCGGCUAAGCAGGUGCAGCAGGGCGCUGAUGUGCUGGACAUUAACAUGGAUGACGGCCUGAUUGAUGGCGUGGCCGCCAUGACCCGCUUUGUGAACCUGCUGGUCAGCGACCCGGAGAUCAGCCGUGUGCCGUUUAUGAUCGACAGCAGCAAGUUCCACGUCGUGGAGGCGGGCCUGAAGUGCAGCCAGGGCAAGUGCAUCGUCAACAGCAUCAGUCUGAAGGAGGGCGAGGAGGCGUUCCGCCACCAUGCCGAGGUGGUGAAGCGGCACGGUGCGGCCGUGGUGGUGAUGGCAUUCGACGAGCAGGGCCAGGCUGCCGGGUUUGAGGACAGGAUCCGUAUCUGCAGCCGCGCCUACCGCAUCCUGGUGGAGGAGGUGGGCUUCAACCCGCAGGACAUCAUCUUCGACCCCAACAUCCUGACCAUCGGCACGGGGAUGCCCGAGCAUAACAACUACGCAGUGGACUUCAUUCGCGCGACCCGUGAGAUUAAGCGGUUAUGCCCCGGUGCCAAGGUUAGCGGCGGCGUCAGCAACAUUGCGUUCAGCUUCCGCGGCAAUGAGACGGUUCGCCGCGCCUUCCACAGCGCCUUCCUGCACCACGCCUGCGCAGCGGGCAUGGACAUGGGCAUCGUCAACGCCGGCCAGGUCAUUGAGGACGCGUAUGAGAAGGUUGACAAGGAGUUAUUGACAUAUGUGGAGGACGUGCUGCUGAACAGACGUGAUGACGCCACCGAGCGCAUGCUGGAGUACGCCGCUCUGCUGGACCCCAAGCGCCCACCAACGGCAGUCCGCAAGCUCAAGGAGGAGGCGACGCCUGGGAUCACUCCGCGCGUUAACCCCAGGCCCGGUGUCGAUUGCCUGGCGCCGCCCGCGGACCUGCAACCCGUUCCGGUGUACACGGCGUGUGCCGAGCCUCUGCAGCCAUCGCCAGCGUUUGAGUCACUGCAUGCGCUGCUCCGUGAGCGCGUCAUCUUCAUUGACGGCGCCAUGGGCACGCAAAUUCAGAAGUUCAAGCUGGAGGAGGCUGAUUUCCGUGGCGAGCGGUAUGCUCAGCACAGCCACGAGCUGAAGGGCAACAACGACGUACUGGUCAUCACCCGUCCGGAUGUCAUCCGCAAGAUCCACACCGCCUACCUGGAGGCGGGUGCUGACAUCAUUGAGACCAACACUUUCAACGGCACCAACAUCAGCCAGGCGGACUACGAGCUGCAGGCCGAUGAGGAGGUUGCUCUCAUCAACAAGAGCGCUGCCCAACUGGCAAAGUCCUGCGUGCAGGACUUCCUUGCCGCUAACCCAAGCAGUGGCCCCCGCUUCGUGGCUGGUGCCAUUGGCCCCACCAACAAGACGCUGAGCGUGUCGCCCAGCGUGGAGAACCCGGCCUUCCGCGGCAUCACGUACGAUGAGGUGGUGGACGCGUAUUACAAGCAGGCGGAGGCGCUGCUGGACGGUGGCGUUGACAUGUUCCUGGUGGAGACCAUCUUCGACACCCUGAACGCCAAGGCAGCCGUGUUUGCGCUGGAGAAGCUGUUCAGCGACCGGCGCGUGCGGAUCCCGGUCUUCGUCAGCGGCACCAUCGUGGACAACAGCGGCCGUACGCUGAGCGGGCAGACCAACGAGGCGUUCUGGAACAGCAUCAGCCACGCCAAGCCCAUGGCGGUGGGCCUGAACUGCGCGCUGGGCGCUAAGGACAUGCUGCAGUACAUUGCCAACCUCAGCAACUGCGCCGACUGCUAUGUCUUCUGCUACCCCAACGCCGGCCUGCCCAACGCCAUGGGUGGCUACGACCAGAAGGGCGAGGAGAUGGCAGAGGACAUCAGGCCCUUCUGCGAGGCUGGCUUGGUCAACGGCAUUGGCGGUUGCUGCGGCACUGGGCCCGAGCACAUCGCUGCCAUCAAGGCCAUGGCGUCCGCCUACCCGCCGCGGCAGUGCAAGACUGUGGAGCCGCUGCUGCGCCUGAGCGGGCUGGAGCCGCUGAACUACAAGCCAGACGCGAACAACCUGCGCCGCACCUUCCUCAAGGUCGGCGAGCGCUGCAACGUGGCAGGCAGCAUCCUGUUCAAGAAGGCCAUCAUCAACAACGACUUCGAGGCGGCAGUGUCCAUCGCGGCGAAGCAGGUGCAGCAGGGCGCUGAUGUGCUGGACAUUAACAUGGAUGACGGCCUGAUUGAUGGCGUGGCCGCCAUGACCCGCUUUGUGAACCUGCUGGUCAGCGACCCGGAGAUCAGCCGUGUGCCGUUUAUGAUCGACAGCAGCAAGUUCCACGUCGUGGAGGCGGGCCUGAAGUGCAGCCAGGGCAAGUGCAUCGUCAACAGCAUCAGUCUGAAGGAGGGCGAGGAGGCGUUCCGCCACCAUGCCGAGGUGGUGAAGCGGCACGGUGCGGCCGUGGUGGUGAUGGCAUUCGACGAGCAGGGCCAGGCUGCCGGGUUUGAGGACAGGAUCCGUAUCUGCAGCCGCGCCUACCGCAUCCUGGUGGAGGAGGUGGGCUUCAACCCGCAGGACAUCAUCUUCGACCCCAACAUCCUGACCAUCGGCACGGGGAUGCCCGAGCAUAAUAACUACGCAGUGGACUUCAUUCGCGCGACCCGUGAGAUUAAGCGGUUAUGCCCCGGUGCCAAGGUCAGCGGCGGCGUCAGCAACAUUGCGUUCAGCUUCCGCGGCAAUGAGACGGUUCGCCGCGCCUUCCACAGCGCCUUCCUGCACCACGCCUGCGCAGCGGGCAUGGACAUGGGCAUCGUCAACGCCGGCCAGGUCAUCGAGGACGCGUACGAGAAGAUCGAUAAGGAGCUGCUGGAGUUUGUGGAGGACGUGCUGCUGAACAGGUGCGACAACGCCACUGAGCGCAUGCUUGAGUAUGCUGCUCUUCUCGAGCCCAAGGGCACGCCCAUUGCCGUCGUCAAGAAGGGCGGUGCAGCAGGCGCCAAGGGCAGCGGCGAGAAGAAGGAGGCGUCGUGGCGCGAUCUGUCCGUUGAGAAACGCAUCGAGUACGCGCUGGUUAAGGGAAUUGACGAGUUCGCCGUUGUGGAUACGGAGGAGGCGCGCAGUUGCGGCAGGUACCCAAAGCCGCUGCAGGUCAUUGAGGGUCCGCUGAUGUCUGGCAUGAACGUUGUCGGCGACCUCUUCGGAGCCGGGAAGAUGUUCCUGCCGCAGGUCAUCAAGUCGGCGCGUGUCAUGAAGAAGGCCGUGGCGCACUUGAUUCCUUUUAUUGAGGAGGAGAAGCGCAAGAACGGCACUAGUGGGGAAGAUUCCAAUGCCGGUGUCUUCGUGAUUGCAACCGUCAAGGGCGAUGUGCACGACAUCGGCAAGAACAUCGUGUCGGUGGUGCUGGGCUGCAACAACUUCAAGGUGGUUGACUUGGGUGUCAUGACGCCGUGGGAGACUAUCCUGGAUGAGGCGGUGAAGCAUAAGGCCGACAUCAUCGGUCUUUCGGGCCUGAUCACCCCAUCGCUGGACGAGAUGGUUACUGUCGCCAAGAAGAUGCAGGAGCGCGGCUUGACGACGCCUCUCCUGGUCGGCGGAGCAACGACAUCAAAGAUGCAUACUGCCGUCAAGAUUGCGCCGGUGUACAGCGGCCCCGUGGUGCACGUCUUGGACGCAUCGCGCAGCGUGCCCGUAUGCCAGGCGUUCGUCGACAAGAACAACAAGCAGCGCCAGGAGUUCAUGGACGAGGUGGCUGAGCAAUACGCCGAGCUGCGGGAGGAGUUCUACGGGUCCCUGGAGAGCCGUAAGUACCUGAGCUUGGAGGAGGCCCGGAAGAAGGCGCCGGUGGUGGAUUGGCAGGCGGAGGCUAACCAGCCAGUCAAGCCCAAGAUUCUGGGCAACAAGGUGCUAGCUGACAUCCUCAUUGAGGAUGUGGUGCCCUACAUUGACUGGAACCCGUUCUUCCAGGUAUGGCAACUUCGCGGCCGCUACCCCAACCGUGGCUACCCACGGAUCUUCAACGAUGCGACGGUCGGCGAGGAGGCGAAGAAGCUGUUUGAGGAAGCCCAGGCCAUGCUACAAGACUUCAUUGCAAACAAGCGCGUAAGGCUGAACGCCGUCCUCGGUCUGUACCCUGCCGCCGCCGUGGGCGAUGACAUCGAGGUGUACACGGACGAUUCGCGCACGGAGGUGGCGGCGCGCCUUGCGGGCCUGCGCCAGCAGGCCGAGAAGGAGGGCGAUGAGACCUACUACUGCAUCUCUGACUUCGUUGCUCCCAAGGACAGCGGCGUGCCGGACUACGUUGGCAUGUUCGCCUGUUCGGCGGGCCAUGGCUUGCAUGAGGUUAUCUCUGGCUACAAGGAGGCGGGUGACGACUACAGCUACAUCAUGGCGGAGGCGCUGGCGGAUCGCCUGGCGGAGGCGCUGGCGGAGAAGCUGCAUGAGGACGUGCGCCGCGACUACUGGGGCUAUGCACCGGACGAGCGGCUCAGCGUGGAUGACAUGCUUAAGGUCAAGUACCAGGGCAUCCGCCCCGCACCCGGCUACCCCUCGCAGCCCGAUCACACGGAGAAGCUCACCAUGUGGCGUCUGCUUGGCGCUGAUGACGCGACUAGCAUCACGCUGACCGAGUCACUUGCGAUGCUGCCGGCGGCCAGUGUAAGUGGCCUGUACUUUGCCGGGCGCUGCUCGACAUACUUUGCCGUAGGCAAGAUCACCCGCGAGCAGGUGGAGGACUAUGCGGCGCGUAAGAACAUGGACUUCAAGGAGGCUGAGCGGUGGCUGAUGACCAUGCUGAGCUACGAGCCCUAGGUUAGAUUAGUAUUUAACUGGGGUAACUAUUUUCGCCGCAAGGCAUGGUGUCUUAAUUGGGAAAGCCGGUUGGAUUAGCGAGAGCAAUGAAACAUGAGUGGGUGCGUGGCUUGGGGCUUUCUGGGCGUUGCAGUGUUGGCUUGCCGUAUAUGGAAUUAAAUUUAGGACGAUUGCUCAAGACGAUGAUGGCUAUUUCAUGCAAGCAGGCGUUGCGAAGUGGUCGCCCUCGCGCCGGAGAUACACUGCUUUACCCUUUUCUUUGCAAGGGGGUUGUUUUGGUGGGUCUCCCGAUCCAUAUCCUAGUGUGCAACGUAACCCAGCACGUCCUGCCUUGUCACAGGCAACGGCUACAAACGACCGUGAGAGGUUAUUGGUGACAAUAAGAGGGCGCGGCUUGUGAGCACAACAGGCAUGAUGAGGUUUCCGUGUUCUGCGUCUGAAUCCCUAACUACGAAUGUCAGGGACACCGCGUACCGCUGCAAGCACAGCUGCCAAUAGACUAGGAGGUGCCGAAACGCGUGUGGUUCAAAUGGUUGGUUUGGGAUUUAAGGGGCGAUGGUUGCAAUGUGUACACAGAUAGCGGCAAACCAACAGGCACCGAGUACGAAACGUUUCUGCCGAGGCGAAAUGCGGGGCAAGGCCAAGUUUAGUUUAGAGCUACCCAAAUUGCAAUUACUUUGAAACACUAGACAGUGGCGAGUGAAGGAAAGGCAGAGAUAUGCUUUGUCACGUG